UGCAUUUACCCUCUUUUAUAUAAAUUUUUUCCGGAAAUUUUUUAAAUAAGUUGCAUUUUAUUUUCAAUAUUUGAGAUGUUUUCGGUUAUUGAAUUAAUGAACCUACUGAAUACUAUACCAACGGAUUAUAAAAUGCCCGAGGACAGUCGUUUCGUUGCAGCAAAUCAAAAAUACUUACUAGAAUAUAAAAAACUAGGGGUUAUUACAAUCGCCGAUGAAUUACAAGGAGCAGUGGCGUCAGGCUCUACUCAGUUUUUCUGUAAUGUGCCCGGCUGCCAACAAAUCUGUGAAGAUGCUUCUACAUAUCAGACACAUUUCAACAAUGUUCAUAGGUAUUUGUGUUCCAUUUGUCGCCGGUCACUACCUACUCCACAUCUGCUCGAUUUACACAUUUCUGAACGACAUGAUUCGUAUUUCGCAACUCGCGUAGAUCGUGGUGAAGCGAUGUACUCCUGCCUCCUGGAAGAAUGCAAAGCAAAAAUGCUUACUCAGGAACAGCGCAAAGAUCACUGUAUCAGAAUACAUAAAUUUCCGGUUAAUUUUAGAUUUGAACACUUCUGCGGAAAAUCCAAUAAAAAGAAAAAAAGUAAAACUGAAACCACCGAAGCCGCUGAUCCAAUGCACGUUUUUGAUGCCACAGGAAGUGAAAUCAAGGCAAUAUCAUUCGGUCUUCCAAGGGAAAGAACAUUCAUGCGUAAAGACACCUUAAAAGACCUUACUUUACUAAAGGAUGCAUUAGAUGAGAUAUAACGAGAAAAGUACUGUUUAUUUUGAUUUCGUAGUUUAUUUCAUUUUUUUGAGGUUUAUUUUAUAAAUAACUAUGCAAUCAAUAAAUAGUUGCGGUGGUCUA